AGAAAAUGAAGAAGAAUAGAAACAUAUACAGAAUCUUUCAAUCUUUAUCACUUUUUUGUUCUCUACUUUCACUAUCACCCGUUGGAUCUCUUACACUCAAAUCUAACCAUUGAUUUAAGGUCCCUUAGAUCCUCUCCCAAAUCCCCGCCAUUUACAGAACUGCCAAAAUCUCAACCCUAGAUUCAUUACCUUUCACAAUUUUCUCUCUUCUGUGUUCUUAUCUUUUUGUACCCAACAAGCCAAAUUCAUUCCCAACUAAAAUGUGUUCUUCUUAAUCCAUCCAUUGCUAAUAAUUUAGACCUUAUUUCCCAGAAAAGAAAGAAUCUUUAUGUACCCAACAACCCAAAUUCAUGACCCAAUUGAAAUGGGUUCUUCUUAAUCCUACCAUUGCAGAAGAUUUAUAACUUUAUCAAAAAAAGAAGCUAACUUUAGUACCCAACAUCCCAAAUUCAUAACCCAACAAAAAUGGGUUCUUCUUGAUUCAAACAUUGCAGAAGAUUUAGACCUUGAUUCACAGUUAAAAGAAAUAAACUUUGAAUAUGGUUGAAGAACAAGAACAAUCUUCUUCAUCAUCAACAAUUGGAGAAGAAUUACUCCAUAGGAUAAUCGAUGAAAUAGAUUCAAUUUCUUCACUUUCACAUACAAUCCGUGUGUUUUCUGUUAAAUGGCAGGUAAUUCGGAAGAAGCUUGAAGAAUUAAGCACUUUCUUAGUUGCUGCUGAAAUCCCAUUUUCACAUAACCCAUGUAAUCAUCCUGUUCCUUUAAUGGAAGCUUUUUCUGCAAUUUCCUGCUCUUUAAUGGAGUGUCGUGAUCUUGCAAUGCGGUGUAUAAGUGUAUCUUACAGUGGGAAGUUGUUGAUGCAGAGUGAUUUGGAUAGAGUGAUUUCUAAAUUGGAUUGCUAUGAGAAGAAACUUUGUGCUAUUUUUAGAAAUUCAGGUAUAGUUACUAGUGAUCUUGCUUUGAUUGUUUCGAAACCGGUUUUGGGUUCUGGAAGGGAUGAUAUGAGAUUUUAUGUUAAAGAUUUGUUAACAAGAAUUAAAAUUGGUGACACCCAGAUGAAAAAACAAGCUUUAAUUUCAUUAAAUGAGGUGAUUUUAGAUGAUGAAAGGUAUGUAAAGAUUGUUGUUGAAGUGGGUGAUUUUGUGCUUAAUUUAGUGAAUUGUUUGGAUUCAAAUGAGAUUGGGAUUCAAGAAGAAAGUUCAUUUGCAAUUUCAGUGAUUUCUGGGUUUGAGAAUUACAGAGGAAUUUUGAUUGUUUCUGGUGUAAUUGGAUCAUUAAUUAGGGUUCUUGAAAAUGGAAGUUUAAAGGGAAAAGAGUAUGCAAUUAGAACUCUUGAGAAAUUGACUGAAAAUGGUGAUAAUGCUUGGGCACUUUCAGCUCAUGGUGGAGUGACUACAUUGUUGAAUUUAUGUUCAAAAGAUGAAAUUGAUGUUGAAUUGAUUGGUAUUUCUUGUUGGGUAUUAAGAAAUCUUGUUGGGGUUGAUGAAAUUAAGCGAUUUAUGAUCGAAAACGGAGCGAUUUCUACAUGUAUAAAGCUUAUUAAAGGAAGGGAUGAAAUGGCUCAAAUUGGUGCUACUGAGUUCUUGCAAUCCAUAGCCUCAUGUGAUGAAAUUGUCCGUCAAUUGGUGAUCAAAGAAGGCGGAAUUCGAGCUUUGGUUCGAAUUAUCGAUCCCAGAUCGAAUGAUUCCUUUAAAUUAAGGGAAACUACACUAAGGGCAAUUGAGAAUUUAUGUUUUUCUUCAAUUGAACAUGUUCAUAUGUUGAUAAGUUACGGAUUUAUGGAUCAAUUAUUGUUCUUUCUUCGAAAAGGCGAUGUUUCAAUCCAAGAAUUGGCCUUUAAAUCAGCUUGUAGAUUAUGUGGAACAUCUGAAGAUGCAAGAAAAUCAAUGGGAGAUGUUGGGUUUAUGGCUGAAUUAGUAAAGUUUUUAGUAGCAAAAUCAUAUGAAAUUCGAGAAAUGGCAGCUGAAGCAUUGUCCUUAAUGGUAUUACAACCUAAAAAUAGAAAGAAAUUUGCUGAUGAUCAUAACAUUGGUUUAGUUCUUCAAUUGAUUGAUCCAAAUGAAGAAAGUUCUGGGAAUCUCAAGUUUUUAUUGUCAAUAUUAUUAUCACUUAGCAGCUGCAAUUAUGCCAGGAAAAAAAUUACACAUUCUGGGUAUUAUAAGAACAUUGAAAAACUUGCUGAUGCUGGUGUUUCUGAUGCUAAAAAAAUUGUGAGAAAAUUAUCGACCAAUAGAUUCAAGAAUAUGUUGAAUGGAAUCUGGCAUUCUUGAGCAAAACACCCAUUUGUAAGUUUUUUUUUUUUGUUUUUUUACUGUACAUCUGCAAAUGUGUGGGAUGUUUUUUAGGUUGUAUACCCAUUACCCACCAAGCCAUUACAACCACCUUGUUGUUAUCUGAAUCUAAUUAGUAAUUAAUGGUUGUUAAUCCACCCAUUAAUACUGCUUUAAAUGCAGUAUUUUGGUUAGUUUGUAACUAUCAUAUCACUGUAAGGAAAAAGAUAAAAAAAAAAAAAAAAAAUGGUACAUAGAAGAGGAUGUUUUAGGUUUCAUUUGAUAUAUAUUUGAUAAUGUAAUGCUAUAACUAAUUCACAGUAUGCUUAAUGUUUAUAUGCCCUGUGAUUCUGACAUUUUUAUACACAGUUAGUUCUCUCAAUAAAUGUUGGGCAGUUGCACAAA